AUGAAGCCGAUCAAAAUCUACGGUGGUUUUCUCGGCCCAAACCCCCUCAAAACAUGUUUUAUCCUCUCGGAGCUAGAUGUCCCUUACGAGAUCGAGCAUCUCGACUUCGGCCAACUUAAAACUCCUGAAUACGAGUCAAUCAACCCAAAUGGUCGCCUCCCAGCCAUCUACGACCCCAACACCGACCUUACACUGUGGGAGUCUGGCGCAAUCAUCUUUCAGCCUGGGCAGAUUGAGUAUUAUCAAGGGCCCACUGGGCUCAAUAAUGGUAACACUCGGACUUUGGGCCGCCGGACGGACGAAUUCUUCAAUUCAAUAGUGACGAUCAAUAUGGCGAGGUUUUACGAUUUCGAUUCCCAGAAGCCCUUCCGAGAGCAACUAGAAGAAGAGACAGGACCAGUUGUAUUGACAAACACUUUUACCAUUCCUGAAGGCAAAGUGGAAGAAGCGAUUGAGACUUGGAGAAAGACAGCCGAGAUCUUGAAAUUUUGCCCGGGAUAUAUCUCUACCCAGCUACAUCGGGGCGUGUCUAGCCGCAUCUUGAUCAACGUGGCAGUUUGGGAUUCGGCGCACCAUCUGCGCGAUGGUCUCAACCGAGAGAACUUUAAGGCUGUGCUUGCUUCUUUUCCUCCCGGUACGGAGUGUCGCGCCCAUUUGUUCCGCCGCCAAGCCGUUGAAGGCAUUUGUAUUGCAUGA